AUGGAAAGGUUUGCUAUUGUUGGCAUGCUAUGUGCUCAUGUUGUGGUAGCUUUAAGGCCUACUAUUACUAAGGCCCUUAAGAUGUUAGAGGGUGACAUUGACAUUCCCCCAUUACCUGACAGACCAAUGUCAAUCAUAAAACUGAUCAUUCAAAAGAGGCUAGCGAAGACAGAGGGGCACUUGGCCUCAAUGGCGGAGGCGUGGGUGGAUGCGACGGUGAGGGGAGAAGGGGAAAGAGCGUGGCAACGAUUGUACCGCGCAAAUCUAGGGUUGUGCGGUGAUGGUCACGAUGAUGGGUGGUUGCCGGGAGGAGAAGGCUCCCAUGAAGGCCUUGAGUCUCGUGGGGUCAGAUUGAAGGGGCUAGGGGCACGUCUGGAGGGUGAGACCGCGGAGCCUAGGGGUGCAGUGGUUGGGGUUAGCCGGGGGGUGGUGGUGGUGGUGAGUGAGGUCGGGACAGGGGAGGGAGGGGUUGGGGUUAGCCGGGGGGGGGGGGGUGAGUGA